CCGCGCCGGACCUGCGAGCCUGUUACUCCCCCCCCCUCCCCUCUUACUCUGUCCCACCCGCCGCUCAAUUCCUGCUCGGAGAGUAUAGCCGGAAACAGCGUCCCGAUCAUAAGGCGUUUCCUCCCACGAAGAGCGAUCUCCACAAUGAUGGAAAUUGAGGUGCCCGAGAUCCAUCCCAGUCAACAGGACAUGGAGCUGGUCGACAUUCUGUGGAGGCAAGACAUCGACCUGGGUGCCAGCCGUGAGGUGUUUGACUACAGCCACCGCCAGAAAGAGCACGAGCUGCAGAGGCAGCGGGAGUUGGAGGAGGAGAAAAGGCUGCAUCUGCUCAGGGAGCAGGAGAAGGCCCUGCUGGCAGAGCUGCAGCUGGACGAGGAAACGGGCGAGUACAUACCCCGCCCCCCAUCCAGCGCCCCACCGCAGUCAGCUGCCACACCUCUAGAGGCUACACAGAAUGUCGCCUUCACAGAAGAAGCUGGUGAUGUCAUGUCACUUGAUGAAUACAUGCAGCUGCUGGCAGACACAUUUCUGGAGGACAGCGGGAGCACCUCUGCUUGCCUGGAUACUGCAGUUGUUCCCGCCUCCAACAGCAACCACAUUAUGAUGUCCCCCGAUCAGCCGGCUUUACCCCUCACCUCCAUUUCCCCAGCUCCCCCUUUGCCACAGAGGACCUCCCCAGAUUUGGAGCAGGCCUGGAUGGAGCUUUUGUCCCUCCCUGAGCUGCAGCAAUGCCUGAACAUGCAAAUGGAGGACACACUGGAACAGACUAUGUAUCUUCCGGCAAACAGCCCCGAAGAACAGGAUCCAAACUACAAUUUUUAUCAGUUGCCUAGCCUCACCGAUGUGGGGCCGAGCACAGUGGACGCUGGCCCUCCUGAAUUUAUCAGUGCAUUUGAGGGAGCCUUCCCUAACGUCGCCCCACCAGACCACCUCGCCCAGAUGGCUGUGAAAUCUCCUCAGUUAAACACCAACUUCACGGCCGAAAGUUUCUGUGACAUGUUUUACCCCAGCCCCACCCUCAGUACAAAAGACAGCUGCACUGAACAACACGGCAUUGAGGGCAAUGGAAGCGGCGACUUGCCCAAAUUGCCAAACAACCCACCACUCGAAUUGACGGACAUAAAAAGCCUCUCCCCUGGAGAUGGAUUUGAGAGGUGCAAACAAGAAGUGAUUGCAGAAUUGCCUGACUCAGAUUCAGGAAUUUCUUUGAAUGCAAGCCCAAAUGCGAGUUCCCCUGAGAAAUCCGUCUGUGGUGAUGGAUCAUUUGGCUUUAGUGACUCAGAUAUGGAGGAGAUGGACAUAAACCCUGGGAGUGUAGAAUCUGACUAUUCAGAGAUGUUUCCUUUGAAUUUCCAACCUGAUGAUUUCCAGCCAACAGCUACCGCCUCGCCGCCUACAGCUCAGUCGCAGAAUCAACAGGAAAAGAAGCCUAAACAACACAUGACCGAGCCGGCGGAAGAGACUGGCCACAAAAGCGUUCCCUUCACGAAGGACAAGCAGAAGAAACGCUCUGAGGUCCGUCUCUCCAGAGACGAGCAGAGGGCCAGGGCCCUCAAAAUACCUUUCACUGUCAAUAUGAUUAUCAACCUGCCUGUGGACGAUUUCAACGAGAUACUGUCCAAGCACCAACUGAACGAGUCCCAGUUGGCCUUGGUCAGGGACAUCCGCCGCCGUGGCAAGAACAAAGUGGCCGCCCAGAACUGCCGCAAGCGCAAGAUGGAGAACAUAGUGGGGCUGGAGUAUGACCUUGACUCGCUGAAGGAGGAGAAGGAGCGCCUCCAGAGGGAGAAGAGCCAGAACGUCAGCAGUCUAAAAGAAAUGAAGCAGCAGUUCAACACCUUGUACCUGGGGGUGUUCAGCCAACUGAGAGAUGAGGAGGGGAAUCCCUACUCGCCGUCCGACUACUCCCUCCAGCAGACCACCGAUGGCAGCAUCUUCCUCGUUCCGCGCAUUAAAAAGACACUCGUCAAGAAAGACAAAGACAAGCACUUAUCUACUUUAUAAUAUGGUACUGCAUUAUCGUUCAUAGUAAAAAAUACUAUGCAAUAACUUUGUAGUUGCUCAGCUUUAAGUGUAACUAGAUUGGCGGAACUAUUAUAUAGUUUUUGCUUACUCCUCUUAAAUCUUGUAAUAUUUUUGAUAUUUUACUUCUUUUGUACUGCUUUCUAAUACCCUCAAGAGAUUCUUUUACCAAUAUUGUUUGUAAAUACAUUAUUUGCUAUUGAGAUUUGAGAGAACAUAUUGUACUGUGUAUAUAUAUAUAUAUAUCUCAUUUUAGUAUGUUAAAUGAAUGUUUUGAUCAGUUACUUAUGUCCGUUUUAUAAACUUUACCUUUUGAUUUGCGGUCCCAUUUCUUUAUUUUCUUUUUUUUUUUAAAUCCCGUCUUCUGUGCUUUUCAAUAAUAAACUAUUCAAGAA